AGGCCGACAGAGAGAGAGGGAGGGAGAGAGACGUUUGGAGAUCUCGGCGGAGUGAGAGAGAGAGAGGGAGGGAGAGAGACGUUUGGAGAUCUCGCCGGAGCUGGUGGCGUCGCGUAGGAUAAUUAUUUAUAAGGCAUCUCCAUCGCCGGAGGGAAGCGUGGAAGCGGGCGGGAAGGAAGUCUGGCAGGAAGGUUCGGGUCCUUCGCGGCGAGGUGCGCCGCAAUCCGGCGGAGGAGGAUAGGCACCCGGGUGAUGGCCUGGUGGCAGAAGAAGGUCGUGUUCCCGGUGAAGCGAGCCUGGGUCGCCGUCUCCGCCCGGGUUAAGGCCCGAAAGAACGGUGGUGGAAUCCUUAAACUCCGUAAUGACGUGCAAACCUGUGGAUACCAAGAUGUGCAAGUGAUGUGGGAGAUACUGAGAUCAGAGAUGGAGCUAUCACGCGCGCCCAAACAACGCAGGCGACCAUUUUGGAGGCUUUCAGCCUGGUCCAGCCGGACAUCGUCGUGUGGUCCAAUAGAGCCAGAGCAGCAUCCAAAUAGUUGCAUGAGAACUUGAACAGAGCCUUAUUUAGUAGGCCACCCCAACUCCUUCCUAAAUCAAUAAGAUCACAAGAACGACAGAAGAAAGUUGUAUA